UGUUGAAUCAAGAUAUAACGAGAACUGCUAUCAAUAGAAAAUAGAAGUUUAAUCGCUGUUAAAGAGCAUGUAUUUAUUUGAUUAGAAAAUCAUAACAUUUUGGAUAAUUUACAUGAGCCUUAUCCAAAGGAGUAGUUGUGCCAUCAAGACUUCGCAUCGCAUAAUUUGAUCAAAAUAGCUUUCCAGUUACAUUCGUAUUAUUUAUAUUGUAUAUGGAAAAUACAUGUCUUCGCCCAACAUAUCUUUAUUUUAUUAAAAAUUGGUUUCUCUUAUAUAUACAAAAUUAUAUGUUGGUAGAUAGAAUCAAUAACUAAUAAUCUAGAAUUUGACAAUAGAUAAAUUCUUUGGAAAAACUAGUUUUUAUUAAUUAAUACAUCAUUCUCUUUUUUACAUAAUUUUCUAAAUGCAUUAACAUUUUAUAUAUUAAUUUUACUCUAAACAAUAUAACUUUGUUGUUUUAUAAUAAUAUCUCUGUACACUUAGAUUUAGUGGUGAACCUCUGCAUUGUCAUAUAUGUGAUAAUCAGAGGAAUCUUUAUAUGUAUACACAUGCCCCAGCCAUUUUGCUACCACAAUAUCUUUCUUCAGGUGGUGAAUUGUCCAUUCCAGUAUGCAUGAAGGCAAUCUUUCUCAGACUAUGUCCAUAGUUUGUAAAUAUACAUGAUAUCUGUCCAUGCAUGAAAAACAUAUAAAACAACAAAAGUUAAAGUAUCGCAAAAUAGAAAACUUAUCUAAAAUUUUCAUUAUGUCAUCCUUUUCUUCAACUCCUGACAAUUCAACCAGGCAUUCAUAUAUACAUUCAUAUUGCUGGGCAGCCCUUUUGGCUAUACCAUUCACUCGUCCAUAAUAUACAAGCGAUGACGAUACCAUUAUAGGUGGCUGCAAAACAUCCAGGAUAUGCGGAUGGAAUCUUUCGGCCACUAGAUCAACCACUGUCUCAUGGUCCCAAUGGUGGUUUCGUUUUAUAUAUGAGAUGGAACACUUGACAAAGUAUCUCCUCGUAACGUGGGAACAGUAUACCCAGUGUUAAACCCGCCUUUCUCCACCAGACGUAAUUUUGUAUCACCAUUCUCCAGUGUUUGCAUACUAAUUGGCAGAGAGGGUCCCAUGAUCGGCACGUCAGAAGAUUUCAGCCAGUAAUUCAGUCGAUACGUAUCUGUCACAAACCAUCAAUCCAUUGUAAUCCUUAUCGGAUAUCACGCGAGAAGGAGUGUUUACGAUCGUGUUGUGAUCUUGUGCCAUGUCUCAUCAAUGAAUGACUCAAUUGUUACAAUAGUUACAUUUGAUCUUACAAUAUGGCAUCAAUGUUGCCGAUGUUGUUCUGACAUUAGGUUGAUGUCAGGAUGUUUUUGAGGAAGCAUAUACUUUAAUGGUUUUAUUUUGUAUUGUUUCAACAGGAAUGUCUGAUAAAGAAGAAUAUAAAUUUGUUUGUGUAUAAAUCUAUUCAGAGAAAUUUGCUUUACAUAUAUUUGCCAUAUAUAUGCAUAAAUUUAGUAUUUUUUGUACAAAUAUUCUUAUUUUUUAAACAAAAACUUUAUAUUAUAAAAUUUUCUUACACUUAAUAAUAUUCUUAUUAAUAAUAUUCUCUUAUUAACUAUAUUACUCUUAAAUGUAUACACGAAAUAAGAGACAGGAAAACAAACUAAAAUUAUGAACAAUUAUAUUACUUUUUUAUUUCCCAUAGAAUAAUAUAUUUAAUGUCAUAAUACAAAACAUUGUUCAUAGUAAUCAAUAAAAGCAAGAAAUGAGUGUGUCGUUUUUGCAUACAGUGGUAUACCCUUUCUGUGUUGAAUUCGCUUGGAUAAUGAAAAUUUGAUUUUAGAAUCAUGAAAUUGUUUUAUUUGAAGUCUAUAGUAAUUAGUAUACUUUGCAACUUCCAUCUUGAUUAUUUGUAUGAGCUUGCAUGCAACGACCCUUGAUGUUUAUGCCCUUGUGACAUUGCGUUAUAGCCCCACUGACAGAAAUGUUUUUCCAAGCUUUGGGAAUGUGAACCAUUCUGCCUAUCGUCUGAGUUUUGAUCACGUUAGAUUUGUGCAAUACUAAAGAACUAAAGAGUCGGAUUGUGUCAAAGCAGCUGUGAUUAGAAAGCAAGACAUUAACAGAGAUAGAGAGAUGGCCCAUUCUCUAUUGGCUUCGAUAUUGGGACAUUAUAAUACAAGAUUUGUUUAAAGACCAUGGAAUUCUCUCCAACAUCUGAAGGAGAAAGAUAAGUUCUGAGUGCAGCCAGUUUAGCUAUAAAGAACAAAUUAUGCGAACGAUAGACCCCAUGUCACUGUGAAGUUUUUCAGAUUUUUUUCUUCUGCGCUCGGCGCGUGAUGACGCUCCAGUAACUGAAAUGAUAUAUUUAUGAAUUUUUAUUUCAUAAUUAUUUAUCUAUCAUUCACAUAAUUAAUGUGUCCUUAUAUUUCCUUUUCUCUCCUUAUAUAUUUCCGGCCGAUCUCGUGUGGUUUAACCUCUUAACCGCAAACACUUAAAGCUGUUGAACUGAUUGACACGUUACAAAUAGAUCCGAAACUAUAUUCCUUCGGUCCGCGCGAAGAACAGUCAGUUUUUAUGAUUAAAUAAAAUUCUAUAAAUAGUAAUUAUGCGAACAAUAACAGGUCUCUAUAAUUAUUAGAUAAACAUAUCGGGCAAAUAUAUUCAAGUGUAACCAUCAUAUUAAUAAUGAUAGGCCGAAAUUUAUCGGUACUUCUUACGUUGAGAGGACUUACUACCGACUUAUCUCGUUCGGGUAAAAACUUACAUUCUUCCUGUCGCCAAUGUUUGCAUAAUAAUCCCUUAUCAACGGCUCCGGUAAAACUUGCUUAUAUUUCGUAUGAAUCGGUAAAGGAAAAUGAACGGAAUCAAAAUGCAGAGCAACCCAUUGUUAUAAUGCAUGGUCUCUUUGGCUCGAAAAGCAAUUGGAAUACACUAUCAAAAACAAUUCAUCGAAAAACCAAACGCAAGGUCAUAGUAGUAGAUGCCAGAAAUCAUGGUGAUUCUCCGCAUACAUCAAAUAUGUCAUACGAGAACAUGGCAGAAGAUGUGAUACAGCUUUUAAAUGAUCUAGGCUUUGAGAGAGCUAUUCUAGUUGGCCACAGUAUGGGUGGAUCGGCUAUGAUGUAUACUGCUUUAAAUUUUCCACAACGCGUCGAGAAAUUAGCAGUUGUUGAUAUGUCUCCCAUAAGAACCAGUCCUAGUCUCUUGCAGAUAAAGAAAAUCUUUGAAGUAAUGAAUUUAGCAACAGCAGAUGGAAGUCCUACCUUAUCAAAAGCUCGUAAAAUAGUAGACCAACAACUUGAACAGUCUAUUAAAUCUAGCGCAUUGCGUCAGUUCUUAAUAGCAAACUUGGUAGAAGUGAAUUCGGGAAAGUACAAAUGGCGAGUGAAUUUACCGGUAUUGGAGCAAGCAUUCUCAACUCAGAUAGCUGUAUUUCCCAAGGUAGAUUCAAGGAUCUAUGCGAAUCCGACGUUAUUCAUAGGUGGUGCUAACAGUGACUAUAUUCGAGUAGAAGAUCACGACGCAAUUAAGAAGCUAUUCCCCUUGGCGGAAUUUCAUUACAUAGAUGGAGCAGAUCAUUGGGUUCACGCAGACAAACCUAUCGAAUUUGUCGAUCUUUUAACGAAUUUUAUAAACUGUCCGGUCUUGUGAUACUCGUAAAUACGUAAAAAAAAACAAUCGUAAAUUGUUCUUUGUAAAUAUAUACAUGUAUUUCAGAUGAAUUCCAUAACAUUGCAGAACAGUGUGAAAAAUAUUCAAACAAUAUGUAAUAUAAAA